AUGGAUGAGUCUAAUCUCAAUGCACCCCAAGACGCUCGCAAAUCGAUUCUCGAUCCUACCGCUUUAAACAUACGAGUAGAAGAUUAUACCAAUCCACUGAGUUUUAACACUCCAAAGCCACCAUCUUCCCGUAUGGGGAGUCAACACACCCAACGAAUAUUCACGACAAAAGGGAAAGUAGUUUUUGGGAUGGAAGUGAAACGGGACAAGUUAGUGACCACAUCGCCGAAGAGUGCGGGGUCCUGUGAGAUGAGUCAAAACUCCUAUUUACCGUGUAGUUCCUUUCUUCGAAGUCCAACCAAUUCGAAGAGGUCGGCCACUCCCGUCUUGUCCAAUCUCUUCUUCGAAUACAAAAACAAACAAUUCGACGCCGAUUUGAAGAAGAAGAAACAAACGCAGCAGAGUGUAGAGAUGUACAAACAACUCCAACAAGCUGGCGGACAGCAAGCGUGGAAGGAACAAGUCCGCAAAAGUCGCGAAGUCGAGAUCAUUUAUGACGAGGAGAAAGAGGAGAAGUCCAAAGAGUUGAGAACAACACUCUUACAAAGUCCAGACAAACAGAUCGAGUCAUCGAAGCCAAACAUGCGGCAAAUCAAGGUCCAAAUGUUCAAGAAUUUAGAGGAGCAAAAAACCAUCACAUUCACCUCGAAAACUCCGAUAAAACUGGUGUAUACCCCCAUAGCCCCUGAGAAGUGGAUAUUAGAUGGCAAAGAGCCGACUCGCGAGUUCAUUUCGACGAACUUUGAGUUGUAUGGGGACAUCGGCCUCUUUCUGACAUAUCGCGAGAAGUGGUAUAAGACUAAUAUACUCAACGAGUUGCCGUAUUACGCCAAAGUGAAGGAAGUGACAGUCUUGGCAUGUACUUGGAAUGUGAAUCAGUGUGUCUAUCCAAGAGAGAAGAUCGAUCGUUGGACUCGGUGGAAUACUCAAAACUGCUGUUGGCGUCUAUCCAUCGAACGAACA